CUUUGUGUGGUGAAUGAUGGGACAAUAGCCGCUCAUAUGACGAUGAGCUCCUCUGGCUAUUCAUAGCUAUUUCGUCCACAGCUACGUCUAGCUGUUGUCGGCUGGAGUGGGUCUGUGUCCGUGUGUGCAAGCGUUUUCAGGAAAAAAACAAACAAAAGAAAGCUCAAGAUGUGGAAACGAGAAAAAAUGUGGAUGAUUAAGCCACCUACUGAGCACCCAAAGGAGUCAAAAUACAGGCCUGUGCUGGAGAGUUUACUCCCCCGUGACCCAAUGAGCAGGUUUAAUCUGAAGAGAGGCUCCCCUAAAGACGAGUUCCCAAACCUGGACAGAAACUACACCCUGAUGGGCCGGAUCCUCAGCCUGCACAUGUACACGCGACAGUUCAACCGGGCAACUGAAAGCGGGGUCAUUUUUGAUGAUAUCAUACGCCCCGGACUUGAGGAUCCGGGUCAGCCCACAGGAGCGAGAGCAGUGGGCUGUUUAGCAGGGGAUGCUCAGUCAUAUAUCCUGUUCUGUGACUUCUUUGACCGUAUUAUCGAGUCUUACCAUGGCUACAAGGUCACCACUGACAUUGUUCAAGAGAGCGACUUCAAUUAUGACAACCUGAAGGGUGGUGAUGACUUUGAUCAAGCAUAUGCUAUGAGUUGUGAGGUGACUGCAGGCCGCAGCAUUGAGGACUACUGCUUCCCUACACACUGCAGCAGAGGAGAGCGCAGACAGCUCUUCACACUGGCCAAAACAGUUUUAGAGCAGCUGGGCGAGGAUCUGCCUGGAAAGCUUUACUCCAUAGAUGAACUCAGCCAUGAGAGUGAAGGUCGCAGGGUUGUGAUGGACUCUCCACCAUUGUCUUUGAUAAAGAUCGGUGUGGCUCGUGACUGGCCCGAUGCAAGGGCCCUGUGGUUAAGUGAGGACGGGACCCUGGCUAUUUGGGUGAACAUGGAAGACCAUGUGAAACUGGUUUCUUACAGAAGUGAUGCCUGUUUACAAGAGGCAUUUAAAACGAUCUGCAUCAAUGUGCUGAAGCUGGAGACACUAUAUAAGAAACUGAGACAUCCAUUUAUCUGGAAGCCUCACUUGGGCUGGGUGGUCAGCUCACCUGCAGAGGUCGGCACAGGCCUGAAGGCAAGCGUCACAGUGAAUCUGCUGCAUCUCGCCGAGAACAAACGCCUGGACGACAUCCUGGACAGACUACGACUUCAGAUGGAAGCAACUGGCUGUCCUGGCAUCUACAAAAUCAGCAACCUGCAGACCAUUGGUUUUAAUGAAGUGGAGCUGACCCAGCUAGUAGUGGAUGGGGUCAAACUUCUCAUCCGAAUGGAGAAAAGACUGGAAAACAAUGGUGGCAUAGAUGAUCUGGUACCUGCUCAGAAGUGAAGCUUUUUGUUUUAGAAAGAACCAAAAUACCAUUGCUCUAGAGAAAAGUCUUCCGUUCUGAUCAACACUUUGAUGAAAAAGGGACUUUGCAACAAGCUUUUCUUGAUGUUUGUAAAAUGUUGUUGAUGCUAGUUGUUUGGUGAAUCUCAUGAAGAAACGUCUAGAUAAUAUUUAACCCUAUAUGACCUAGACAAUUCAUCGAACUGAAAAUUACAUUUUGGAUUUUCACUGCAUUUGAGUUAGACUCAUUUCACUGUCAGCAGUAUUUACUAUAUCCUAAGCUUAUAUGAUCAUCUGCAAAACAGAAGACCACAAUGUUUAUUUCAGUUGGUUAUCAAAACAACCCAUUUGUAUGCGAUAUAUUUCAAAAAAGGACACAAGACAUUUUAGUUCAAAGACUCAUUUCAAGUAAGCUUUAAUGUGCUCCAGUGGGACUGAACCACGGUGGCCCAAGGGAUUUUUCCACAAAAAAUGUACAGUAUUAUGUCCAGAGAAUAAAUGGGAAGAGUGUGUGGAAGGAUGAAAUGUGUUGAAGAGUUUAAUUGCAUUUUUUUGGAGGUCCUCAGCCUUCAGCUUGCUUCCCAUCCAAACUGUUUCAUCCAUACAGCCUUUAAAAAAACAAAAAAUU